AUGAGAAAGUUGGCAAUUUGCGCAAAUUUUAGGCUCCACAUUGCUGUGGAUAUUGUGGCCUGGAGAACGAAAAUCAUUACAUAUAUUUCUCAUCGUUCAUCGUUCGAUGACUUCAUCACGGUAAAAUCUACCGUCACGUCUCUCAAGUACACACUUCGAUGUGAAGUAAUAAUGCUAGCAAAAAUCCUAGUUGAAGUAAAGAAAUUCAACGAAUGUUUAUCGUUGAUUAAAAUUUGCCAAACAGUGAAGUCUCUUACUGGUUCAACGAGGUAUACAACAGAAAUCCGAGGAAAAUGGCCACAAAACCCGAUUCCAUAUAACAGAAACAACACGAAGCAAAUUACGAAGCGUUCUCGAAUAGCAUUUUGUAUGAAGACAACGUUCGGAUUUUGCUUCGUAACAUCGAACGAUUUGAGCGAAUACUGUGGGCAUUGUACGGAACAUCUGUCAAGAAAAUCAAUGGAAUUUCAUGAAAAUAAAAAUUGUUUUCAGUUUCAAAGUGAUGAUUGCACAAAAUGUUUUCGAAUUUGGAAGACUCACAAUCAACCAAAUUUAGUUUUGUUUUGUUUUGUCUUAGAGAUAUAUCUGCGAUUAAUACAUUUUAUUUAA